UUAGGGUUUCUCUCAUUUCUCAUUGUCUCCGCGAGGAUAGAGAGGUUAGCCGCUGUCACUCUCUCUCUCUCGGAGCGUAGCCAUGGCGGAUGUGAUUACACCGGAACCAACCCAGCCCCACCACGAUGUCAAGCUCUUCAACCGAUGGAGCUUCGACGACGUGCAGGUCAGUGACAUUUCACUGGCUGAUUACGUCGGAGUGGUACCAGCCAAGCACGCUACCUAUGUUCCUCACACUGCUGGGAGAUACUCAGUCAAGCGAUUCCGCAAGGCUCAGUGUCCAAUAGUGGAGAGGCUUACAAACUCACUAAUGAUGCACGGUAGGAACAAUGGAAAGAAACUCAUGGCCGUGAGGAUUGUUAAACAUGCAAUGGAAAUUAUUCAUUUGCUGACCGAUCUGAAUCCCAUCCAAGUUAUUGUUGAUGCCGUGGUCAACAGUGGACCUCGGGAAGAUGCAACCCGUAUUGGCUCUGCUGGAGUUGUUAGGCGUCAAGCUGUUGAUAUUUCCCCACUGCGUCGGGUGAAUCAGGCCAUCUAUCUCCUUACAACUGGUGCUCGCGAAUCUGCAUUCCGAAACAUUAAGACAAUUGCAGAAUGCUUGGCAGAUGAACUUAUUAAUGCUGCUAAGGGUUCCUCCAACAGCUAUGCCAUCAAGAAGAAGGAUGAGAUUGAGAGAGUUGCUAAGGCAAACCGUUGAGGGAUCAGAAUUGGAAGACCCAAUGUUUUGUUUGCUUCUUUCUUUGUAGUUCAAUUUUCUCUAGACUGUUGCUCGUGAACAUGUUAUUAGUUGGUGGUUUUUUUGAGUGAUGGGAAUGUACUUUAUUUUUGUUUGGAGUUUAUAUCUAUAUUUUUGAAUAUGGAGAAAGCUUCUAAGCGAGAUUUUUUUUA